AUGCACAUAAAGGAUAUUUGCUUGGAGGGUUUCAAAUCAUACGCGACGAGGACGGUGGUUCCGGGUUUUGACCCGCAUUUCAACGCGAUUACGGGUCUGAACGGGUCUGGGAAAUCCAACAUCCUCGAUUCCAUCUGCUUCGUUCUGGGUAUCACUAAUCUUCAGCAAGUUCGAGCUGCGAAUCUGCAGGAGCUCGUCUACAAGCAAGGACAAGCUGGGAUUACGAAAGCGACUGUCUCCGUUACCUUUGAUAACUCCGAGAGGAAUAAGAGUCCUCUCGGAUAUGAAGAUAAUCCCGAGAUAACCGUCACUAGACAAAUUGUAGUUGGUGGGAGGAACAAGUAUUUGAUCAAUGGAAAGCUUGCACAGCCAAGUCAAGUCCAGAAUCUUUUCCACUCGGUGCAGCUUAACGUCAACAAUCCUCAUUUUCUCAUUAUGCAAGGACGUAUCACCAAAGUUCUGAACAUGAAACCACCGGAGAUAUUGUCAAUGCUCGAAGAAGCUGCUGGUACAAGAAUGUAUGAGAACAAGAAAGAGGCUGCUUUGAAAACGCUAGAGAAAAAGCAAACCAAGGUUGAUGAGAUAAAUAAGCUCCUAGAUCAAGAGAUCUCGCCAGCUUUGGAGAAGCUGAGGAAAGAGAAGUCACAGUAUAUGCAGUGGGCUAAUGGUAACGCAGAACUAGACCGACUAAAGAGGUUCUGUGUCGCUUUUGAGUAUGUUCAAGCGGAGAAAAUUAGAGACAACUCUCUCCAUGUGGUUGAGCAAAUGAAGACAAAGAUGGCAAGUAUUGACGAAGAGUCAGAGAAGACACAGGGAGAAGUAGUGGAACUGGAGAAUCAAGUAAAAGCUUUGACUCGGGCAAGGGAAGCCAGCAUGGGCGGAGAAGUGAAAACUUUGUCUGACAAAGUGGAUUCACUGUCUAACGAAGUGACACGUGAGUUAUCCAAGCUUAAUAAUAUGGAGGACACCCUUCAAGGCGAAGAAAAGAAUGCUGAAAAGAUUGUUAAUAAUAUAGAAGAUUUGAAGAAAUCUGUAGAAGAGAGAGCUUUUGCUCUGAAGAAGUCCGACGAAGGAGCAGCAGAUAUAAAACGAAAAUUUCAGGAACUUUCGACCACAUUGGAAGAGUGUGAAAGAGAACACCAGGGUGUACUAGCUGGUAAGAGUAGUGGAGAUGAAGAGAAAUGCCUCGAAGAUCAGUUACGCGAUGCAAAGAUUUCUGUUGGAACAGCUGAAACGGAGUUGAAGCAGCUGAAUACAAAAAUUAGUCACUGUGAGAAGGAGCUAAAAGAGAAAAAGUCCCAGUUAAUGUCAAAACAAGAAGAAGCUGUUGCAGUGGAAAAUGAACUUGAUGCUAGAAAAAAGGACGUCGAAAGUGUAGAAAGGGCACUCGAUUCUCUUCCAAUUAAAGAGGGUCAGAUGGAAGCAUUGGAGAAGGAUCAAGGAUCGGAACUUGAAGUUGGGCAAAGGCUGAAAGAUAAAGUGCGUGAUCUUUCAGCUCAAUUAGCAAAUGUUCAGUUUACGUACCGGGAUCCUGUGAAGAACUUUGAUCGAUCGAAGGUGAAAGGUGUGGUUGCAAAACUGAUAAAAGUUAAUGAUAGGUCCUCAAUGACAGCUUUGGAGGUUACUGCUGGCGGGAAGUUAUUUAAUGUUGUCGUAGACACAGAAGAUACUGGGAAACAGCUCCUUCAAAAGGGUGAUCUACGGAGACGAAUUACAAUUAUUCCUCUCAACAAAAUUCAGUCUCACGUAGUUCCACCUAGAGUGCAGCAAGCCACUGUUAGAUUGGUGGGGAAGGGUAAUGCGGAAUUGGCACUUUCUUUAGUUGGUUAUAGCGAAGAAUUAAAGAAUGCCAUGGAAUUUGUUUUUGGUUCCACUUUUGUUUGCAAAACUACUGAUGUGGCAAAGGAAAGUGAAAAAUGGAAUACAUGUUACAUUUCCAAACGAUGGUUUCCUGAUACGAUGCAAUAG